AUGGCUACACGAGAUUACGACGAAGACACUGUGCUAGUCGUGCUCCUGGAGGCUGUAAGUGCGGCUACGAUUGCGGCGACAUCGUCGCGUUUGCGAGCAGAUAAUGAAAACCAGCGUAGAGUGACUCAGCUAAAUUAA